AGAUGUUUUAUUCAAUAUUUCAAGAACUCUGUGAGAAGUUAAUAAGUGAUAAAUAAUAUAUUAUAACUUGAAAGGGAAAGUUCGUAAACAAACUUUAAGUGUUCUUGAAAAAGACAGCUAAUUACUUUGAAAUGUUAAAAUGGUGGAGGACUGCUGAUGUUUGCAAAAGUGUUGCUAAGAUGCGGUUGCUACAGUAUCCAAGGUGGUUGGUUGGGUGUUGCUAGGUGGUUCCUGUGCUAUUAAAUUCACUGGAAUCUUAAAUCCACUGCUUCCUUAAAUUCACUUCCGCCUCUAAUUUACUGAUACCUUAAAUUAAUUGCCACCGUAAAUCAACUAACACCUUAAAUUCACUGGCACCUUAAAUCAACUGAUACCUUAGAUUCACUGGCACCUUAAAUCUCUUGCUACCCUAAAAUCAUUGCUACCUUAAAUACACUGCUGCCUUAAAACCACUGCUCCCUUAAUGCUACUGAUACCUUAAAUCCAAUGCCUCCUUAAAUUCGUUGCUACCUUAAAGGCGCUGCCACCUUAAAUUCACUGCCAACUUAAAUUUAUUGAUACCUUAAAUUCACUGCCACCUUAAAUUUACUGCCAACUUAAAUUUAUUGAUGCUUUAAAUUCACUGCCACCUUAAAUUCAGUGCCACCUUAAAGCUAAUGCCAGCUUAAAUUUCAGUGCUACCUUAAACUUACUGCCACCUUAAAUUUACUGAGAUCUUAAAUUCACUACCUUAAAUUGGUUGCUACUUUAAAUACACUGCUAUAUUAAAACCACUGCUCUCCUAAUGCCACUUAUGACUCCAUUUCUUCGUUUUCAUUAACAGCUUUCUAGUGUCCUACUAAUUAUCAUUAUAAGUUUAACAGGUGGACUGACAUAUUAGAAUAAUUUAUACACUUGUUAUUAUUAAAAUUAUAUUAUUGAAAGCUUUAAUUGCAACCAGUGAACAGUAUAUUUUACAUGUGAGUAUUAAAGGAUGUAUGUUUCAUGCCCAGCUGUCUCUAAGCCCUGUCUCUUGCCCUGUUGUCUCUAUCAUUAUCUAAUCCCCCCGUGUCAGGAGAGAGAGGAGGACGGCCAUGAACACGAUGAAGACACGCUGUAUUUAGAUGCAGCACCUAGCAUUCAGUUCCGCUACUCAUGUGUCCCAAAUUACAUCCAAUGUCUAACCGCUUUCACUGGAGGCAGUGGUAUGACUGUGGUGGGCUUCCAGUGGGGCCACAAGCUGGACCACCGUCAAAUGAAAGUGUGGAAACAGAACAAAAGAGGGAAGCUCGCCUACUACAAGAGCGUUCCUAUGGAAAACAACUACAAGGUUGAGAAUCUCAUCUUCAUUCCCAGUCAGAGAGCGUUUGUAGGGGCCUGCAGUGACCUCUCGUUACGCGUGUUCUCCGGCCCGGGACAGGGCAUGGUCCUCCAGUACCGGGCCAUCCUGCUGGGCUCGGUGCUUUGUAUGCACUACUGCAAAGACACAGAGGAGCUGCUGACUGGAGGCAUAGGAAUCAUCACCUUUUGGGGUUUCUGGACAUCCCUGGACGUUCAGCUUGGGAUUGUUCGAGUGCUGGACUGGAACUGCUGUUCCCUGCGCAGUGACUCCACCGUCUGUGCUCUGGUCACCGAGCAGCAGAGCUCCACUUUGUACGCCCUAUGUGAUCGCAGGAUCAAGAGCUUUCACCUCAAACACAAAAAGGAGCUGAGGUCAUUUUGUGGACGCGGUCAGGGAAACUUGCGUUGUGUCUUGUCAAACUGGGUCCAGCGCUACCUGUACACCGGGGACAUCUCAGGCUGCGUUCAGGUGUGGAGCCAGGACUCUAGGAGUCUGCUGCAGGAGUUUCAUGCUCAUUCCCGCUGUGUUUCUGCAAUGGUGCUUCGCCCGAAUACACAAACCCUGCUGACCUCGUCCCAGGAUGGCUGGGUGAAAGAGUGGAGCUGCUGCGGGGAGCUGUUAGCUAAGCUGUUCUUGGACGACUCUGGAGGGGUACGUAGCAUGUGGCUAAUCAAUGAGCACCAAAUUCUCUGCCAUUCGCUCUCUUCUUUUUACGUCUGGCAGCUGCAGAGCAUCUACAAGCCUUUCCACAGCAGUGGAUGUGGCUUGCAGUACCUUCAGCGGGUUGAAUGUGGUCCAGGCCGGACUAGGAUCCUCGCCAUGUCACAGGAUAGCAUUGUUCAGAUCAUCUCACCAGUUAGUGGAGAGAUGCUCCUUCUUUCCUGGCCGUUCCUCCUGCUAGAACGUGCAUUGGCCUUUGCCUACAACCCUGGCCAAGAGAAUCUUCUCGUGGCCUUUGGCACACCAGAAGUUCUGGUGCUGGACACGAGUCUAUGUCCCUGUCCAGCCAAGGGAAUCCUGUGUGUUUCUAAACAUCAUGACCAGGAUGAAAGCGUGAUGUCCUUGGAAGUGGUUAUGAUGGCUGGGGCUGACAACAGGCCUCCACCUUGUCUGGUUUUCAGUGGUCAUCGCAAUGGAAAGCUCCAGCUUCUGUCAGCUCCACCCAGAUUCCACUGCCAAGCAAGGAAAGCCCAUCAAGGUGCAGUUCUUCAGAUUAGCAGCCUACCUGGUCCAAAAGCCCAGCUGUGCUGCUGUGGAGAAGAUGAGCAGCUAUCUGUGUGGAGUGUGGAGGUCAGGGUGGAGCGAGUUGAGUUAGCCCUCAUCAUUCGGAUUAGCCCACACUCAAGGCUAAUGCUAACAAAGCUAAUGCCAGGCCUAAUUUUUGCAGUAUCUCCAGGUUAUAGUCUUCUGCUUUACUCCUUGGUGGAUGACAAGCGCUUAGCAAUGGAGAGGAACCCACCCACUGCCAUAACUUGCAUGGACUACUGUGCAGCCCUUGGGCUAGUUGCAGUUUCAGGCCCUGCAGGAAUUGUGGAAGUGUGGGACAAUCGUGGCAUCCAGCUGGCUGAGGUACGGCUGGGUGCACCUGUAAGCCAGGUAUGUUUCGCCAACGCUCGUGGGGAUCUCCUCGCCUGCUUCAGUGGCAGCAUCUCCAUCAUCGCAGGUGUGCGAUAUCUUCCAGUUAGUUUGCUAAAGCAGGUGCUGGUCCAGGCCCCUCCUGAUGAUCUCCUAGAAGAUCCUGUCCCGUUUUUGCCACGCUUGUCCAGCUCCUACGACUUGGGUGUCGUGCCGAAGGUCUUGCUGAAGCCUGGAGAGGCAGCGCCAGAGCUGGAAAUAGCUCACUCUCCCAGCACUGUAAAAACCAUUCCUGAGCCAGAUUUGGACACGUGCAGAGGGUCUUCAGAGAGAACUGGCACAACACCAAAGAGAGAACGACGAGGGUCGCAGUAUUUUACUUCACCAGCUGUCAAGAAGCUGUCUAAGCAAGAAGAGCAGAUCACUACAACGGAAAAAACAGAGCCAGAAAGUCUUGAGAGGGGCCAGCUUGAAAUGUCUCAACAGCAACUAGAUGUGGAGCCAGUCGCCCUUGGCUGGCCAGUAGCACCAGAUGGUUUUAUCCCCAACUCUGUGAUUAGAAACUGGGGUCAAAACCAAGAGCAACAAGUACCAGAGAAGUCAACCGAGGCUAAAGCUCUCCAGGGGGUGUCUAUGGAUAAGCACCUAGACGAACGUGUUAAAGUCACCAAAGUCCGAGCUCAAAGGAUUUCAAAGCCGGUAACAGUGAAGGAACUCUCUGGAAACAUUGAGGUUUUCACUGAGCCUGAACUGGAGGAAGAAGACUUCUUCAAAAAAUCUUUAAAAGAGGAUCUUUUAAAAAAGAUAGCUCAAAGCCAGUGGCUGGCCAAAAAGCCUAAGACUGGUGAAUUAGAUUCAGUCAUGAGGGCAGUGAUGUUGAGCAUGGAUUGCGUGGAUCCUCGUGUUUAUAUCAGCUGUGCAGAGGCAUUAUAUAGCCUCCGUGAGGCCUAUGGCAUCCCUCCAGAAAUUAAGAAGGAGCUCACUCUCAAUCUGGUUAGAGACUUCCAGAAAGGCAAUCCGAACUGGAAGCGGCUGGACGCGCUGAAGACCCUGCUUCAGAUGGAUCUCUUGCUGGAAAAAGACUUGUUUGCAGUAGCUGAGGCCCUUACUGAUGAAGGACAAGAUCUGCGGCAAUUAGCACGUGACGCUGUGGCACAGGUCUACAGUAUCAACACCAAGGAAACUCUACUAGCCCGUCUACAUCACACUGAGGUUGGGCCUACAAGGCAAGUGGAAACCUGCACUGUUAUUGCACAUUCAGGGCUUUUUUUACUCCAAAAAAGUAGCCAAGACAUGUUUGGUAUCUAA